AUGGCUGGCAAGAGCGCUAUGAAGAUUCACAGCCCUAAGCGCCCCUCGGUCAAGAAGCCCGCAUCACCAAAGGGCGUGCGGAAAGCCAAGGGAAAGGCUGCGCCCAAAGCGAAGGUCGCGAAGCAGGUGACGCUUGAUCGGCAUGUCUUGCGUCUUGAGAAGAAUAUCAAAGAAGAGUAUGGCAUUGUCGUCGACUACAACCCCCACAAGGGCUUAGUGCGUAUGGUCUCAUCCGGCCAACUCUUCGAGCUCGAUGUCCCCGAGAACAUUCCAGGGCAGUUGGUUUGCCGAUGGGUGGUGCUCUUUUCAUACCGCAAGUGGCUGACGGCGCGGGAGCGCUUGGCAGCAUCGGGUCUUGCUGUCUCUGAGUCGCAGGCUUUGCUUGCGGGAAUCGGGAAGCCGGUCCCUUGGAAGGAAGAUUUCGCAUGGCACCAGAGAGCUGGCAACGGCAACCAGCUCCAAAACAUAGGGAUUGUCAUUCUUUCCGCUUUGGCUUCCUUGCGACCGAAGCCCCCAGCCAUCGUCCCGCAGAUUCAAGCCCCUUCUUUUCCAGACGGACUUUUCGUGGAAGAUGGUAUCUUCAAGCUGAAGGUUGGCACCUCCACGUUCACUGUUGGGAACAGCAAAGCAGUGGCAGAUGAGCGGCUCCAGUACGAGGGCAUGACCAUUGCGGGUAUGAAGAAGAAACUUUCUGAUUGGGGUUGCAGCUUCUCGGAGGUCAACAAGGCCAAAUCGAAGGAGGACAAGCACGUCUUGAUGGAAACUUGGUUUUGCAAGUUUGAAUUGCCAAAGCUGCUGCCUUCCAGCCAGCCAUCAGGCGAGCCUGCUGUGUCGGCAAUGAGCUCCAAAAUGAUUCAGUUGAAUGAUGCGCUGGCUGUGAAACCCCAGGUGACCUUGGCUCCUGUUGCAGAGGAACCAGAAUACCUAGCAAAGAUCCUGCUGUUGAAAGAAGAAUUUCUCAAGAAGAUCUGUGAGCAGGGAAAGACUUUAGAGUUGAGGAAAAGCACCAUUUGCAACCAAAAGGAUGCACUGUAUCUGGCGGAGUUCAACAAGCUCAAACCAGCACAUUUGUGUGAAAAUCCUCCCUAUGCAUACCCGUUUGUUGGACAUCGAAUUUCUUCUGUGCAGGUUCUUGUGCCGCUGGAAUUCACAAAGCUGGAUGCUUGCAUAGGGCGCUCCUUGUAUCGCCCUUUGGGUUGGACUCCAGAGUCAGCAGCGGAGAAAGAGAUUGAAGCAGAAGGUGCCGCAGGCAGUGCCAAAGUCCCCAAGCAGAAGAAUAAAAAGAGCAAAAAGAAACAGGAGGAGAGCGGCGAUGGAGAGGAGGAGGCAAAACCAACGGAGGAGCCGAACAAGGGUGGCAAGACAUCCAAAGCGAAAGCAGCAGCGGCAAAGGCGAAUCCGAAGAGAAAGAGCAAGUUGAUCAACCUGGCAGCACCAACAUUGCUGGAAAAUCAGUCUGUUGAGGUUGUGAAUGCCAAGGACCAUCUGCGGCCUGGUGAGAAAAGGCUGCAAGCCAAGAAAGAUUUUUUCAGCAAGCAGGACAAAACCAGUGAGCUGUCUAUAUCAGGAGGCCUUCUUGCGCACCUCAACAACGUAGCCUUCCCCCGGAGCCCUGCAAGCACGAUCGCAUACUUGCUGGGCAGCGUGACUUCCAAAGGCAUUGUUCUAGUCAAUGGCUGCUGGUGCGCUGACUUCCCCGAGCAGGAGAACAUCUAUGACCAGCAGUGGGACAACCAACUGCUGCAAAAAUUGUGUGAGACAAAGUCCCAUGCUGUGGUUGGGUGUUGCAUCGUGAAGCCGACCGUGUCAGAGGCCAGCGACAAGUUCACCAUGCAAGACUUUCAUUUUGCCAAACGGCACCAGGAAGAGUGCAACAAAGCAUUUGUCACUGCUGUGGUGGGCGCGGACAAAUUUGCCACUUUCUACCGCAUCACUGAAUUAGGUCUUCAGGCAGAAAACCCUCAGGUCAAAGAAGGAGAAUUUGCUGAACUUGGAAGUGCAGUUCUGUGGACUGGGAAGGGUUCACUUUAUUACGCUUCUGUGGUAUCUGAAGAGUUGGAAACGAUGGAGCAAGUUCGAGAGGCAGCCAAACAGGAUCUUGAGAAGCAGAUGAAAAAGUCCUCCUUGAAAAGGUCGUUGAACGUCAACAUUGCCAGGAACGAAGCUAUCGUUCCAAAUCAUGAUGCUGAGGCCAAAGCCUGUUUGAAACAAAUCUCAGAGGAGCUGGAGGUGGUAGCAGCCUUUCUGUUCAACCACAUGGCCGACUUUGCCAGUGGCAAGAACAUGAUUCAGGAGCUCGAACACCUUUUUGGUCACACGGCAAUGGCAGCCAAGGAAGAGCUGGUCAGAGCACAGGUGCGCUUGGCGCCAAACGAUGUUUCCACAGCCGCUGCUCUUCUGAACAAUGUAAACAGGGUGAAGAACCAAUUGGAUGUCCGCAUCGCCAGAAGAACCGAAAACGUGGGACAUUCCUUUGAUGGUACCAAGUACAAGAAACGCAAGUACACCAGCAGCACUACCUCCAAAGUUUCCAAGCGACGGCGCAGUGAGUCCGAGUUCGUCACGCCUUCCAAAGCUUCAACCAGUGAAGCACCUUCCAACUCUUCGCCACCGAGCAACACAUCUCCAGAAAGCUCUUCUCCGCCUCAAGAAAGCGAGCAGUUCCCAGACAAGUCUCCAAUGGAGCCAUCCGAUGUUUUUGAGGAGCCCUUUCCUGCCAAUUCCGUGGACGUAUCCUUCUCACCUGCAGCAGGUGAUUCAGAGCAUUCCCCUGGCCAUGGUCCUACUUCAGCUUCCAGUUCUGCAAGGCCUGCUGAGAAUUCCUCUCCACCUGAAGUGCAGGAAUGUGCCCAGGCGCUUGUUCCACAGGGCAAGGACGAAUCUGAAGGAGAUGAGUCUGACGCCGAUGGGGAUCGCAAAGCCACAGGCCGAAAUCGGCCGACCAUCUAUGAAAAAAUGCAAUGCAUCCGUGAGCUUGACAGGCUGGUUGAAAGUGGAAAGAAGACUGGCCUUGAGGCGAAGGACCGCAAAAUGAAAGAACUUCCAGAUUGGGUUCGAGUCCCGAUGGGGAUGCCGCCUCGUGCAUACGAGAGAUUCAAGUUUGGGAAGAACAUCCCACCCACAGUCAUUGAGAACCUGGUGGCCCUCAUCGAAAGAGUGACUACUGGUGGUGAUACGUCCAAACUGACAUCAGGGAGGUUAAGUGUGAAGAGCAUUAAGAGAGAAGCCGAGGCACAACUCAAAGCCUACGCAGAGGCACAAGAAGCGGCUGCUCAAGAAAAAGACAUCCCAUGCCAACCUGUCAAAACAGAAGUGACUGAGAGAUGGGCGAACAAAUUGUUGAAACAGUUCGGCUGGCGAAGGCGAGCUCCAAACACGUACGGUGCUUACCUGGAUUUUGAGGAUGAGCGUAUGAUCAAAAGCAGGAAAAUGUUCACCUUCAUGAGGUUGACUCAGGACGUCAGGCUUGACAUGGCGCUCAACUUUGAUCAGGUUUGGAAAUCCAGUUGGAGCUCCCCUACCAAACUUUUGCACAAGGUUUUCGAUGUGGACUGCCCGCAAAGGCUGCUGACAACAAGAAGGGAGCGCGUCGCGGCCAUCAUUCAUGGAAUGCAGCCUGCCAAAGAAGAACCAUGGACAGUCAAGCGUAGACGGAUCUCAGGAAAAGAUGCCCGAGCCGACAACGUAGGCCAGAGCCGGCAUUCUGUUACCCUGGUGACGAGUCUUUGGGGUUCAGGUGAAGCAGGCCCUCUCUGCAUUGUUUUGCCACUUGGCUUCCUGAGCGCUGAGCAGCAGCUUCAGCUCCAACAGCGAUUUGCUCCAGAUAUCUUCUUCAUCUCUUCUGGGCAGGCAUCUCAUUUUAUGCGGGCAGAGACAGUUGUGGAAUACUUUGAGCACGUUUUGGCCCCUGCUUUUCACAGGCGUCGGACCAUUUUGGCAGAGCGCUACGGGCGUUCCUUUGACGAUGAGAAAGGGUUUCUGCUUGCUGAUGCAUUCACUGGACAUCACAGCACAUCCGGCGGAACAGAUGUCCAAAGAGAGCAUUUUUCAUCUACGUCGAACGUGGCCUUGCCUGCCCGCCAGCCGGGCGGCUGGUCUGCACGAGGACUCGGUUAUGGCUGCGAUUUACGCCUGGCAAAGGCUUUCAAAGCGCAGGAACCUUCUGAGGCAAGGUGGGCGUGGCUGUCUCGAGGCAUGGCAAGCCUUGAGGAGAUGGCGGCUGUUUCUCCAGACGCAGUGUCUCCUGAGGAUCUGACGGCAGAAAUGGCUGCCUGCGAAAAAGAAGCUGAAGACUGCAGCUUUUCAGCCCCCAUGGAUGAAGUCUUCACAUUGCCCGAUCCACACCGCACCACGUUUUUGUGGCAAGUUCUCGCAAAACCAGAGCAAGGUGAACUUGAAGAGUGGGAGAAAGAAGAUGAAAACUGGGUCUGUUUGCCUUCCAUGUGGCAGAGUAUCCUGAGCCGCAGGCUAGCUGAAUAUCAUGCCCGAGUGCAAGAUGCUGAGGCCUUCUACUUGCACCGCUUGGACAAGUUUGGCUCCGAAGACAUCAAGACAAAGAACGCGAAAAGCAAAUCUGAGGCUGCUCAGAAUGGGCAGGGUUCCAUCAGCGCAAUCUUGAUUGUCAAAAGCACUCAGAAAGAGGCAUCGCCAGAUCUCUACCAGAAGGCUGUGAAAAACAAAGAUGGCGUCUUGACAGUUUCUGUCACAAGCCACACUGUGGGCUACAAAUUGGAUGUCAGCAACAUGACCCUGACAACCAUUGAGGAUGAGCCUACCCAGAAGCAGCUGCGUGUUGUGUCUGCUACAGGGCGCAGCAGGGAGAUUCAGGAGAUCCGGUUGCAUUUGUCUGCCCUGUCGCUGCAGAAAAGCAAUGUCCUUGAGAUGAUGGGUGGCGCGGCAAAAGCUUCGCACGGGCACCAUGGCUCCAAACAAGAUUGUGAAGAAAAGUAUGAUGAUGACAAUAAUGACCAGAACUUGGCGCUGGUGCCCCAAGAGCCCAUGGAGAUUGAAGGCGCUGAGGCAGACUUGAUUGCCAACAUGGAUCUUUGCCAGACUGCCGAGCCAGAGAUUGAAGCGGAGGCUGUGGCGGAGAUGGGUGAGCUUCCUGGUCCAAACCUUUUUGGCUCCAGCUCCGAGGAUGAGGCUGUAGAGUUGAAGGAUGCGGCCUGGGACUUCGAUGAUGACUCAGCCGUCUUCAUCUUGGAGGAUCUCGGAGGGGCAGUCAAACCUUCUGAGGCUGAGUUGCCGGCUCCGUCACCCCCAACCAGUGUUUCAGCAGCUGUUGCGGGAGACAAAUUUGAGACUGUCCCUGCUUUUCUUUUCCUUCGAGAUGCAGGCCUCACCGCGAUUCCGAAUGUGAUUGGCUGUGGCAUCGGCAUCCACCACACCACGAGCACUUGGCAGGUGAGGUACCCUGCAGGGCAUCAGAAAUCCACUGCGCGUACCUUCGGGCAUGUCAAGAAAGGCUACGUCAGCUCAGCUCAGGCAUUGCUUCAAUGCCUUGUCUGGGCAUGGGAACAGCACCAGAAGCUUCAUCCGACUUGCACCACGGCUGAGGCGACAGUGAAGCUCCUGAAAGGAGCCUUGAUUGCUCAGCUUGGCUUUCACGUGAAGUGA